CUUGACGUAUCGCCAGCAGGAGGAAACGGGGAAGACUAGCGCUACUGUUUCUGCGUGUGGGACUUGUAGUCAGUCGCACUCUGAAUCUUUUGUGUGACUAGCAGCUUUUUCUUGCCUUAAACGGACAACUCCCCGUCGGUGUGAUUCAUAAAGUGACAUUUAUCAACCCACGGUUGGCUCGCUUUCUCGUCGCCAUGAACGGGAAGUCGGCCCAUGGCUCGGCGGGAGGAAUGGCGUGCAUCGACGGGCUGCCGCCGCUGCCCAAGAGCCUGAGCGGCUUGCUCAACUCGAGCGGCGGCUCGUGGAGGGACAUGGAGCGGAUGUACUUGAAGAAGACCAUGAUCCAGGACGACCUGAGCCGAGGCCGGAAUAACGCCGACAGCCUGCUGGCCAGCAAGCCGGCUAACCUCGACGCCGCCCUGGCUUUGCUGAGGAAAGAGAUGGUGGGCUUACGUCAGCAGGACAUGUCCCUGCUGUGCCAGCUGUGGUCGCUGCACGAGUCCAUCCAAGAGUACAAGGGCAGCUGCCAGGACUUGAGCGCCGCCUCGGGCCUAGGCAUGAUGGAAAACGGCUACUUCGACGAAGACGACGAGUACUAUCCGGAACCGGGCGCCACUCCCACCGGCGAGCACCCCGACGGCGAAGGGUUAGUUGAGUCGGCGGACGGAAGCGAGGCGGGGGUCAGCAAAGACGACAGCUGGGAAUCCUUUCGCGUCACCAUCUGAUGCCACCACGUGCUAUUUUCUUACUUUUUGCACCGGGAAUGUGACGCUCUCGCCUUGUUAUGGCGCCCCCUUGGAUCAAAUGUUAAUGCUGCGGGGGCGGCUAGCCUGGAGUCGGACUUGUUUACCGAAAAAAAGAUGUUAAGUAAUAUACUGUAUUGUACGUUAGAUGUUUUUCUUAUUAUAAACUUAUGCCGGUUAUUUACGCUAUUCGGCAAGGACUUUUAUAUAUAAAUGUAUGGAGAAAGAUUUAUUAUUUAUUAUGUAAUAUAAAGAAAAAAAAACACAUUAGCUACUCUUGUGUGGGGAAGAGUUUGCGGCUAAGAAUGAAUUUGUUCACCGAAAAUAACGUGACGAUUAGACGAGUGGGUUUUCUUUGACGUUCGGGAAAUUGUUGCGUGGAAGAAAAACGUUAACAAUUUUAGCUAGCCAAGCAUCGGAAUGUGACAAAUUAUUUUAGUAAAUCUGUCAGGACAGAAUGGAAUGAUCUUAUGAAAUGGCCUUCGAAGUUUCGGGAAGUAAUUGUUGUGGAGAAAAUUUAACGAUUCUAGCUAGCCAAGAGUUAGCAUACGACAAAUUAUUUUCAUAAAGUGUCGGAACGAUCUGGAGUGAAAUGAUCUUUUCAUCAUUAUUUAAAAAAAUGUUAACGAUUUUACCUUGUUGACAUUUUGGGAAAUAAUUGUCGCGUAGAGAAAAUAACGUUAACGAUUCUGGCGUAGCCUAAUGUUUGAGUGCGCAAAUUAUUUUCGUAAAAGUGUCGGGAUGAUCUGAAGUGGAACGAUCUGACGAAAUGGCCUUUUCUGCGAAGUUUCUGGAAAUACUUGUUGCGUAGAAAAUUAACAAUCCUAGUUAGGCGGGCGCUACAUUUACGACAAAUUAUUUUCAUAAAGUUGUCGCUGCAAUCUGUAGGGAAAUACUUUUUCAGUGGAAAAUGUGAAGAUUCUGGCCUAGUUUAACUUUUGAGCACGACAAAUUAUUUUCCUAAAACUGUCAGGAUGAGCUGAAGUGGAACGGUCUUAUGAGAUGGUCUUCAAAUUUCAGGAAAUAAUUGUUGCAUAGAAAAUUACGUCAAUUCUAGCGUUAGAAUACGACAUCGCUGUCGGGAAGAUCUGGAGUGGAAUGAUCUUUCGAAAUGCCUUCGACGAUUUGGGAAAUGAUUGUUGCGUAGCAAAAAAAAAAAAAAACGUUAACGAGACUGGCGUAGCCUAACGUUUGAGUGCAACAAAUUAUGUUCGUAAAACUAUAGGGAUGAUCUGAAAUGGAACAAUCUUAUGGCCUUGGACAUUUCGGGAGAUAAUUGCGUAGAAAAUUAUGUUAACGAUUUUCGCGUUAUAAUUCGACAUUUUCAAAAGUUUUCGGGAAAACUGGAAAAAAUUGUCAACGAUACUGGCGUAGCCUAAUGUAAACGCAACAAAUUAUAUUUGUGAAAAGGCUAGGAUAAUCUGGAGUGGAACCAUUUUACGAGAUGGCCUUUUCGUUAACAUUUUGAGAAAUAAUUGUCGCAUAGAGAAAAACUGACGAUUUUGACGUAGCCUAACGUUGGAAUACGACAAAUUAUUUUCGUAAAGCUGUCAUACCGAUCUGGAGUGGAAUGAUUUUACGAGAUGGCCUCUGUUCAUUGUUUCGGGAAAUAAUUGUUGUGUGGAAAAUGUAACGAUUGUAGUUAGCCAAGCGUUAGAAUACAACAAAUUAUUAUCGUAAAGCUGUCGGAACGAUCUGGAGUGGAAUGACCUUUCGAGAUGGCUGGUUCUUCGACGUUUUGGGAAAUAAUUGUUAAGUGGAAAAUGUAACGAUUCUGGCACAGCUUAACGUUUGAGCGCGACAAAUUAUUUUCGUGAAAAUGUCAGGAGGAUCUGAAGUGGAACGAUUUUACAAGAUGGUCUUGUCUUCAACGUUUAUGGAAAUGUUGCUUAUAAAAAUUACGUUAAUGAUUCUUGCUAGCCAAGCGUUACAAUACGACAAAUUAUUUUUGUAAAGGUGUGGGAGCCAUCUGGAGUGGAAUGAUAUUUUGCGAUGGCCGGUUCUUCGACGUUUCGGGAGAUAAUUGUUAAGUGGAAAAUGUAACGAUUCUGGCGUAGCUUAACGUUUGAGCGCGACAAAUUAUUUUCGUGAAAAUGUCGGGAUGAUCAGAAGUGGAACGAUCUUACAAGAUGGUCUUUUUUUUUCGUUUCUGGAAAUGUUGCGUAUAAAAAUUACAUUAAUGAUUCUUGCUAGCCAAGCGUUAGAAUACGACAAAUUAUUUUCGUAAAGCUAACGGGACGAUCUGAAGCGGAAUGAUCUUAAGAGAUAACGUUCUGGGAAAUGAUUGUUGCGUAAAAAAAAAAAAAAAACUUUCACGAUACUUACUUUGCCUAACUUCGGAAUGCGACAAAUUAUUUUCGGGAAAUAAUUGUUGAGGAGAAAAUGUAGCAAUUCUAGUUAGCCAAGCGUUAGAAUACAACAAAUUAUUAUCGUAAAGCUGUCUGUACGACCUGGAGUGGAAUGACCUUUCGAGAUGGCUGGUUCUUCGACGUUUCGGGAAAUGAUUGAUAAGUGGAAAAUGUAGCGAUUCCGGCAUAGCUUAACGUUUGAGUGCGACAAAUUAUUUUUGUGAAAAUGUCAGGAGUAUCUGAAGUGGAACGAUUUUACAAGAUGGUCUUGUCUUCAACGUUUAUGGAAAUGUUGCGUAUAAAAAUUACGUUAAUGAUUCUUGCUAGCCAAGCGUUAGAAUACGACAAAUUUUUUUUGUGAAGGUGUCGGAACGAUCUGGAGUGGAAUGAUAUUUCGCGAUGGCCGGUUGUUCGACGUUUCAGGAGAUAAUUCUUAAGUGGAAAAUGUAACGAUUCUGGCGUAGCUUAACGUUUGAGAGCGACAAAUUAUUUUCGUGAAAAUGUCGGGAUGAUCAGAAGUGGAACGAUCUUACAAGAUGGUCCUUUUUUUUUCGUUUCUGGAAAUGUUGCGUAUAAAAAUUACAUUAAUGAUUCUUGCUAGCCAAGCGUUAGAAUACGACAAAUUAUUUUCGUAAAGUUGACGGGACGAUCUGAAGCGGAAUGAUCUUAAGAGAUGGCGUUCCGGGAAAUGAUUGCGUAAAAAAAAAAAAAAAAAAAAAAACUUUAACGAUACUUACUUAGCCUAACUUCGGAAUGCGACAAAUUACUUUCGUAAAAUUGUCGAUACAACCUAGAGAAAAACUAUCUUACAAAAUGGUCAUUGUCGUUGGGAAAAUAACGGUCCCAUGGACAAAUGUUAACAAUUCCAGCCUAGCCUAGUGUUGGAAUGCGCCAAUUUUUUUUCGUAAAGCUGUUAGGACGAUCUGGAGAGGAAAUGAUUUUACGAAAGUCUUUAUUUCCCCAAUGGUUAGCGCCGAAAAGUUUGAUUGUUCGUAAUGAUGAUGUCAUUUGAAUACAGGGUCCUCACGCUACCACCGCAGCCCGAUCAACAUCUUGUUUUCGUCGUCAAAUCGAUUAGCUCUCGAUUUUUGUCUGCGUCUCCAGUCCACUCGUCACGUUUAUAACAUUUAUAUGUCUGUAUACGGCACAUGACCAAAGAACGUACCGUAGCUAAAAAACAAAAAAUCGAAUGUCUUCGCAUCGUAGCGCGAGAAAUAUCAGCUUUGUCAGUAUCAUAUAACACUUUAUUAUGUCGAUGUAUUUUUUUGAAUGUUUUUCUGUCUAGCCCGCAUCAUGGCAGUGAAAUCCGAUUAACGAUACCCGCCGUCUUUGGAUGUCUUCGCUACCGGUGCCUUCAUAGACAAGUGGUGACUAAUAAACCGUAUGCAGGCUUUAUCACGCUAACGACUGUCUUGCGACGAAUUGUAUUUUAUCCGGCGUCGGGAUCCGAAAAGCUUCCACUUUUUUUGUCGAUAGUUAAGAACACAAUAAGUGGUAAGUGAAUUUGUGUUUUUAUUUUUGAACACACGAAGCAAAAAACAACACAAACGCUUGAAAUAAUACACCAGCAGCUGCUCGUAGCGAUACAGCAAAGCUAGCAUUUUUCUUUAAAAAAUGUCUUAAAUGCCGGGUUUUUGUCUAGUUGUUCCGAUAAUGUUCAUGAAGUGGUGAGAGUACAAAGAAGGUUUUCAUUGGGUGGUGUUGUUUCCAACUCAUUCCUCUGCAAACAAGCACACAGAUGCUGCUUUUCUGGUUGAUAUCAGUGAAAUAAAAGGUUACAUAUGUUUACGUGUAAUGGCGUUUUUGUUUUUUUUUUUUUUUCAUUAUACUGGCGUUUUUUUGUUUUUUUUUUUUUUCAUUGUGUCUUGUUUAACGCUCUCAUGUAGGAAUUCAGAUUUUUAUUCUUAGAUAUUUUUAUUAUAUUCAUAUAGGACAGGGGUCUCAAACAUGCGGCCACAGGGACCAAUUACGGCUCGCGGGACAAAAUUAUGUGGUCCCUGUUUGACAUCCAAUUGUAGUAUUAGUGUUGCUUGCAUGUAUUUCACGAUGGUAAAGUCAAAGAAAUUAUAUGCCUAAAACUAAUUUUAGAUGAAUUGAAUUCAUUAAAUUAUCUCGUUUAGAUUUUUUAAAAUAUAUAUUUAAAUGGUAACAAAUAGUUUUUUUUUAAAAAUGCAAAUGAAAGACAACCGGUAAGUAAUAAUACAUAUAA